AUGUUGAUAGAUGGGGAUGCUGUGGUGGAACGCUUUAUUGGGAUUGUUCAUGUUCGUAAUACUAGUGCUCUAUGUUUAAAAGAAGCAAUUGUUAACUACCUUGCUCAACAUUCUUUGAGUUUAUCUAAUAUACGUGGACAAUGCUAUGAUGGAGCAAGCAAUAUGCAAGGGCGUCUAAGUGGCCUUAAAAUUUUAAUUCAACAGGAAAGUAGAUCAGCUCAUGCGAUUCAUUGUUUUGCUCAUCAACUUCAAUUGACUCUUGUCGGGGUAUCUAAAAAAUGUCUUCCGGUUGGAGAACUUGUAUUGUUGGUUUCUAAUGUCUUAAAUGUAGUGGGAGGUUCUUUUAAACGCAUGGAUGAACUUCGAGAAUCUCAAGCAGAAAAAGUUCAAGAGGCACUAGAUAUGGGCGAGGUUGAAAGCGGUAAGGGCUUGAAUCGAAAGCUUGGUCUUGCUAGAGCUGUGAUACGCGUUGGGGUUCACACUACAAAUCAUUUAAGAACUUCAACUUCAAAUGAUCGUUUUAAUGAGGAGAGAACGGAUUUGCUUAUUGGAGUUGCUUGCUUGAAUCCAGUUGACUCAUUUUCUAGUUUUGACAUCAAUAAAAUAUUGAGAAUGGCUGAAUUAUAUCCUGAUGAUUUUGGUGAAGAUAUAAUGGUUACUCUUAAAAAUCAGCUUGAGACUUAUAUUGUUGAUGUCCGUGAUGUUGAUGAAAGGUUCUCCAACCUGAAAGGACUUGGUGAUCUUUCUAAAGAGCUAGAUAAGGCAAAGAAACAUUUAAAUUAUCCCCUUGUGUUUCGCCUUGUAAAAUUUUAUUGCUCCUACCGGUCGCCACCGCUACGGUUGAAAGAGCUUUUCGGCGAUGAAGUUGAUAAAAAGAGUGAAUUGCGAAAUCGAAUGGAUGACGACUUCAUGAGUGGUUGUAUGCUGACAUGCCAAAGGAGAGCUGCCCUGUUACUGUCUCUGCUUGAUCCUGCACAGACUUUGGCUCUCAACAACUUGUAA